AUCAUACAGGUGUUUGAGUCACAGCUCUGAUCUGUGUGUCGCUAAAACGUGUUUAUCAUCAGUGUAUUAUCAUCAUGUAGACACACACACACACACACACACACACACACACACUGUGUGUUAGAUCGAACCCAGCGUUGUGAAUUUGUCAGUGUGUGAAUUUUCCACGUCCACGAAAACCACAAACUUCAGCAGGAACAUCACGUGUUCUCUUCUUCAUGUCGGGUGAAGGAGGAGCAAUGAGAUGGUCUUCUCGAGAGAUUAUUGUGGAGCGCGUGGUGCGACGUUUCUUCAGUUCCUUGCUGCAGUUCGUUUGGGUGAAGCUCCGCCCCCUGGCAUGCUGAUGAAGCUGGUGUAGGUGUGAGGGUCAGGAGCUUUGAUGACUUUGUGUGAGAAGAAGAACAGGAAGUGCAGCGGAGAUUAAAGCUGCUUUGAAGAAGAAGUGAUGGAGUUCAUUUAUUUUAUUUGUGAGAAGAUUAGUGGACGGCUCCUGUAGACCUGAGAGGAACACACACAGAGGAGAGGACAGAUGGAUGGAUGGACAGACGAGUGAAUGGACAGACGAGUGAAUGGACAGAUGAGUGAAUGGACAGAUGAGUGGAUGCUGAAAGACAGAAGCUCGUUUGUGUCACUAAAAAUGGCCGCAUGUCUCUUAUAAACACACAAAAGACAACAAAUGGGACCUGUGAAUUAAUUCAGACUGAGACUGCCAGUGCACCUGCACACACACACACACACACACACACACACACACACACACACACACACACACACACACACACACACACACGGGUGUGCUCUCGAAUGAAGAAGAAUGACAUGUGAUGUGAAGCCGUGAUGCCACGAUGACGGCUGUGUACCCGAGCGAUGUGGGCGUGUCUCCAGCCCUGUGUCUCCAGCGUUCCUCUGGCUGUACCAAGCAGGACACGUGCUCUGACGUGUUCACGGACGAUGACGUUUCACUGGAGCGCAGACUCACGCCGCUCGAGCAGCUCAACCUGGACAUGUGUCAGGACGACAGGGUGGUGCGCGAGAUCACCAUCGGCCGCCGAAUCGGCUUCUACAAGAUCCGGGGAGAGAUCGGCUGUGGGAACUUCUCUCAUGUCAAACUUGGGGUCCAUGCACUCACCAAAGACAAGGUGGCCAUUAAGAUCCUGGACAAGACUAAGCUGGACCAGAAGACACAGAGGCUGUUGUCUCGUGAGAUCUCCAGCAUGGAGAAGCUCCAACAUCCCAACAUCAUCCGUCUGUACGAGGUGGUGGAGACGCUGACGCGCCUGCACCUGGUGAUGGAGUACGCUGAAGGCGGCGAGCUGUACACCAAAAUCACAAUGGAGGGAAAACUGUCCGACAUCGACAGCAAAGUCGUCUUCUCGCAGAUCAUCUCCGCCAUCAAACACAUGCAUGACAACAACAUCAUCCAUCGCGACCUGAAAGCCGAGAACGUUUUCUUUUCCCGGAGCACGUGUGUGAAGGUGGGUGAUUUCGGGUUCAGCACGGUGAGUCGGCGAGACGAGACCCUCAGCACACUGUGCGGUUCCCCGCCAUACGCGGCGCCGGAGCUGUUCCGUGACGAGCGCUACGUGGGCGUGUACGUGGACAUCUGGGCUCUGGGCGUGAUGCUGUUCUUCAUGGUGUCGGGCGCCAUGCCGUUCCGUGCAGACACCGUGGCUAAGCUGAAGCGCUGCAUCCUGGACGGAGCGUUCUCUGUGCCGGCGUGGGUUCCCGAGGCCUGUCGGUGUCUAAUCCACGCCAUCCUGCAGCCGCAGCCGUCCGAGCGCUGCAGCCUGGAGCACAUGAUGAGCAGCGAGUGGCUGGAAAACGUCGAGUUCCCCAAAGCCACGGAGCCGUUUAAGUUGGACCCGCUGUACCUGGCGGAAAAAGACGAUCUGGAGGAGGAUGAGCUGGAGGUGAGGAACAGCCUGCAGGCCCUCGGCAUCACUGUCGAGCACAUCCGCAACAACCAGGGCAGAGACUGUAGGAGCUUCGUCACUGGCGUCUACCGCAUCCUGCUGCACCGAGCGCACCGACGCCGCGCCUUCGAGAGCAUGCCGCUCGUCACGCACAACGCCAAUGAAGCUACCCAGGUUAAGAAGGAGCGACUAAAGGCCUACAAGAGCCUCAGACACACGUCCAAACUCUGCAGCAUUUUGUGACGUCCUGAAAUAAACAAACUCGUCUUUUUUACAGGCAGAAGAUUCACUUCAGGGCGACCAGACGCUUUAUUUCAUAUUUAUAAAACGAUUCUUUUGCCACCCACAAACCACAUUAACGAGUUUGAUUAGCUACUGCUGAAGUGUUUAUGCUAACAUUAGCACUAGCACUUAUAAAACUAGUUACUGCAGCACCACAUUUACACGCUGAUUAGCAUCAUGUUGCUGCAGUCAUAUCUUUCUAAACCAGAUUUUUUCCUACAGUGAUCUGAGUGGAGCUGAAGUAAAGUUCUAAUCUCACAGAAUCAGUGUGUUGAAUACCGUACACACUGAUUUAUUCAACACAGCACUGCUGUUACAUUUUAGCCUUUACGUUGUCACACUGUGAGUAAAAUCUGUAGCAGUGGUUGUUAAAAGUGAGCUAACGUUAUCAUACCAGCUAUAUUAGAGAAGAACACACUUGUGUGAGAGUUUUUAUCUUUCCAACUGUAUUUCUAUAAAUAAACUCAAAACUGGAGGGGGGUCUGGUAAAUAUUUUAGAUGAAAUAAAGCUACAUGAUGUUCAUUCUGAAGGUAAUAAAGUUUCUCUGCAUUUCA